UUUUGUAGAAGGGUUGGAGAAUAUCCUGUCAGAAAUUGGAUACAUACCGACACUACAAAAAAUAUUGAUGGUUCAUUGCUGCGAAUCAGUGGUGAUAAGUGCAAAACAGAUAGUAGAGGAACAAAUGGAUUUACAAGGGGACGAUCUUCCCUUUCAAGUUCAGGUUCGACUUUCACUUGAUAAGAAUGAAGCAAUGCAGAGCUUGGCAGACCCCAACUUUGAAGUUGUAUAAUAUAUAGAGGGGAGACAAUGAAAAAGUCCUUAAUCAGGGUUAUUUUUCUAAAUCAUGUGGUUCCAAGGUUUGUCCCUCUUGUCGUCAAUGGCUUUGUUGCAAUGCGAUUGCAGAAGUUUCAAACCGAGUUCACAGCUUCUCAAGACAAGAGGUCUUGUAGCAAAUAACAGACCUCCAUUAGGCCUUUACUCUAAUGUUGAGAAAUGGAAGGAAUUUGGAAAAUGCCAACUUAAAUCAGCCAUCAAGGAAUUGCCAAACUUGCUUGAAUUCUUUCCCCAUUAUAUUCCGCUUCGGAAGAGUUUACUAACAGUAGAAAUAAUGAGAACUAUGGCGCGUUGUCUUGUGUAUUUGGUGCUUGAGUCUAAUAAAAUUCUUUUCUUGGGUAUUGUUUGUUGAUUCUAGAGUAUACAAUAAUGACCACGUAGACAAGUGGUACUUAUAGCCUAGAGAAAGCAAGUCCCUUCAACGAGUCUUAAAAAGGCAAUAAAUUUAAGAUCUCA